GAACAGAAUGUGGUGGGGUUUAAUAUGUUAGUCCGAUCCCAUUCCUCCCCCUAACCGGGGACAGUGGUGUAACAGUGCAACAUAAAAAUGAACUAUAAAAAUGAUUUGUCAGUUGGUGGUUAUAGACACGUUUAUAUACUGAAAUAUGUUCUAUUUUAGCAGCUACAACUUCGCUUCCGGGAACUACAAGUUUUUCAUCUAAUGGUAGCAAAAGUUCCCUGGGUAUAUCAUUUUCAAUGAAACUAAGUGGGUUUUUACAUCACAUGGCUGAUUCAGAUGCUGUUUUAAGAGCAGAAUCAGGAAUGUCCUUAAUUGAAGAAGAAGAGGUGGAGACAAAGCCAGAACAGUUGAUCAGUUAUACUGAUGUGUUGUUGUGUCCAGAAACACAAACUGCAGCAGAGCCAUACUUUAGCACAGAUGCAUGGCAGCUUGUUUUAAAUACCCUCAAAGUAUUAGAAGAUAUGUAUAUUGUUAACACUCAGAAGAAAUAUGAUAUGAUUUCUCCAUCUCGGACAAGAAAAGGCAAAGCUUUAAUAGGAUCAGCUAAAGGAAGAAUAUUUAAAAAGUGUUCAAAAAAGAAAUCAGACCAGAUUGAUUCAGGAAAAAGAAAUGUAUAUUCCUUCACAAGUGAAGACAGUUCUCCACUAAAAGCAAUGGAAGGAAAAACAGAAAAAAAAUCCUCAACAAGUGACGACAGAUCUCCAUUAAAAGCAACAGAUGGGAGAAGAAAUUUGAAUAUUUUACCAAGUGCGGAAAGUUCUCCAGUAAAAGCAACAUAUGAUUUAAAUGAUGCUAUAGAUGUGUGCCCAAUUUUAGAAAAGACCAGUGAAAUUACUGGAGACGGUGAAAAGAUAAGUGAAACUACUGGACAAGGUGAAAAGAUUAGUGAAACUACUGGACAAGGUGAAAAGAUUAGUGAAACUACUGGACAAGGUGAAAAGAUUAGUGAAACUACUGGACAAUGUGAAAAGAUUAGUGAAAUUACUGGAGAUAGUGAAAAGAUAGGUGAAACUACUGGACAAGGUGGAAAGAUUAGUGAAACUACUGAAAAUGGAAGAAAAAGAACAAGUUGUUCUUCAAAAAAUGAAAAAGUGGAUGCAACAGAAUCCAAGAAGUGCACAGUAAGACUGACUGAUAUUGGUACUAUUAAAAACUUGAAAACAUAUGUUGAUAAGACAGAGAAAAAAAGAAAAAGAAGAAAGAUAUGUCUAAAGAACUUGUAAAAUAAUAUAUGUAAUAUGUUAAGUUUUAAAUAAGUUCAUCUGAUAUGAAACAACAAAUUCAGGAUACUUUGUGUCAUAUUUCAAAUAAGUUGAAUGGAUAUCUACUUUUAUGAUAAAACUAUGAUAUUUCAAAAAGUUGUAAAUAUUUUUUUGUCUAAUUUAUGAAAAUCAGUAAUAGAAUAAGGAAAAAAGUGUAAAUAUAUUAAUAUAUAACAAAAUCCCUUCAAGAAAAUCUUGACCUUUAGCUUAGUCAUGCAGUUCUAUGACAGCAGAACUUGUUUUAUGUUAAAGUAGCAACUUAAAUAUAAGUAUGACCAAAUGCUAAGCAAAUAAUAGAAAUCAGGAAAGAGAACACAUUGUUGUGUAUUAAUUCUGUGGGACUUGAUUAUUUAUCUAAAGUUUUUCAAUAGUGUUAAUGUAUGUCAUGUCUGCAAAUUUUCUACACUAAUAUUUUUCAAUGUUAAUUUUUUUUCCAUCAAGUAAAUGAGUCUGCAAUACAAACAAAAGAGUGUAUUGCACAGUUCUUUCCAUUAAGGUCAUGUGUAUUCAUUUAUGCACAAAAAAAGUCAUAACUAUAAGUAUUGUUUUUAUAACUGUGUAAUGUUUACCCUCCUAUAUCAAGUAUAUUGGCCAAGAAACUUGAGAAAAAAGUUCAAAUUCUGUAAAGUUUUGCUUGAGCCGGAUUUUUUCAGCAAGAAAUUAUUAUAUAUAUAUAAAGAAGUUCAAGUCAAAUAUGAACUUGAUUUUUACAUUAUACUAUAUAUAGAUAUAAUACUUUUACUUAAUCAUGCUCCUCGGAUAUACAAGUUGUCCAAUUAUUGAAUUGAAUAAAAGACAAAUAUUGGUGUGUAACGAUCUUCAUACUGUUAGCGUUCAGCCAGGAUGAAGAGGUUAUGCUCCAAUUAGAUUGAGUUAUUAUAGUUAUAAAAAAAGGAAGUGCAUUCUAGAUUGAUUGAUAGAGAUGGAAUCUUAUAGUUAAUUUUAGUUAUGAUUUGAGGAUAAUGAUAUAUAAAUAAAGUCUAUCUUGUGACUUUAAUAUUUUAUUGUUGUUGUUUGCUUAAACAAUAUGUUAAGUUUUUUGUUAAUAAAUUUUGUGUCUUUAUUUAUUCUGUUACAUUAUCAGCUUUUUUGUGAACCUUCAGAAUUUGUGGAUAAUCUUUUGCAAUAUAAAUGUCAAAAUAUUCAUGCAUCAUGCAUCUUUAAUUUUCUUUUUCUUUGCAUAAUAUGUACCAUAAUGUAUAUAGAGAUAAUCUUUUUACCUAAUCAUUCUGCUCGGAUAUACAAGUUGUCCAAUUAUUGAAUUGAAUAAAAGACAAAUAUUGGUGUGUAACGAUCUUCAUACUGUUAGCGUUCAGCCAGGAUGAAGAGGUUAUGCUCCAAAUUGUCUCUUGUUGAUUAUUGAUUAACCCUUAAGGGUAAAGACCAAAUGUUUGGACAUUCAAAGAGUGUUUUGAAAACAAUAUCCACAUGAUUGUCUGAAGGUUUGCUAUGGUGUAGAAGCAUCUUGAAAACAUAUCUGCUUUUAUCCUUUUUCCUUUUUGGGGUGGGUAAGAAUAUAAUUCUUAAUAGGGAACUAUAAUUAAAUAGUUGGGAAAAAAGGAAAAAGGAUAUUGCAAUUCUAUCAUGAAUAAGCUAAUUCUUCAUUUAAACUUUGCUCAUGAUGGUGAACCCAGUGUGGUUACCAUUGCGCCCCAGGCCAAAGUUAAUUUAGCACUAAAAAGGAGUGAGUUUUUAUUAGAUGUUGUUAAUAAUUAUAUGCAAAUGCAAAAUGAAAAUGAUAUUGUAGAAAUAGAAAUUAUUUUAUCAGAGUAUAAUCGCAAUUUUACAUUAGGCUUUUUAUUUAAACAAUUAUUAAAUGACAAUAAUGAAGUAAAAAGAUGUAGAGAGGGCAAAACAGCUCAUCUUGUUCCACUGAUUGAAAAGUUCAAACUUGAAACAGACUUUGUUAAACUGCUUCUGCCACGAAAAAUCAGAGCAAAAAAUGCUGUUGCCAUUCAUUCACUUUAUAUCAAACCAAUGUAUCGUUCUGUCAUUAAUGAGUUUUAUUUACUUAAUUUACAUGGAGUAAAUUCACAGGGACAUAUAAGUGCAGAAGAUUUUAUGAGGUUAUUGCACGAACUUAAAACCUGUCAUGCUCAUUAUUUAGUGCACAUUUUACCAGUUUGCAUUUGUUUGAGAUGCACUGAAUAUAGACAUGAAAGACUUAAUCAGCUUUCAGAAUGUACCUAUGCAACACCUUACCAUGGUCCUAUUACAAAUAGCCCUUUCCGUAAUUUACCAGUAGGACAACAACAAUUAACAGGUGGCAGACCUGGAUAAUGUUAUUCUGUUAUUCCAUAGUUUACAUGUAUUACAUCUUUCACAUUGUUAUUUGUUUAUUAUGCUAAUAAAUGAUUAGUACACAAUUGAA